UACUUUAUAAUGGCACCAAAGAGGAACUUGCGACGUCAACCGAAGAAGGGAGUUAAGAAGGUGGAAAGUAAGAGACGCGGUGGUAGCACAGCAGCAGCACCCGACUCUAAGCGUCAACGUACUACUAGGAAGAAAUCCAAAUCUGAGACGGAAAGCACCAAACUUCGAGGGCACGUUCCACUUUCCUCUCCCCCAUCUGAUACGCCCAUCGAUGCUCCAAAGGAACGGAUGUUGCAGGAUGCCGAUAUAAAUAAAGGUACCCUUCGAUGUAUGAUUUGCAAAUUUCCAAAGGAAAUGAGCUGCGCACGAGGUUGCUAGAUGACAGGAGUGACUUGAAACCGCCCGAACUGGAACGACUAUUCAAGGAUACACUUUUUGUGGAUGAUUGGGAUGCUGUUAGAAUUGCGUUACUAUAUUUCUUAGUUCAUGGUGUACUCGGAAUGGAUCCGAAGGUUCAAAUAAAAAAAAAAUUCAUUGAUUUGGUUGCUGAUCUCGACGUAUUUAAUUCCUACCCUUGGGGCAUUCUGAGCUACAAGGAGACGAUCAACUCAUUCCACAAUGCAUUCCAGCUACGAGGAUGAGG